ACACGCAGCUGAUUCUAAGUCCGGGUAAGUGGUAAACCUACCUACCUGAAGUUUUAAACUUUAAGGUAGUGUUUGGUAUGAGGUAAUGGACGAUGGAAUGGAAUAAUCCAUUCAAGGGUAAUGAAAAAAGAAGUGUUUGGUUGACCAUGUGAAUGGAAUAAAGCAUUACAUACCCCAUUCCAUUCCUUCUAAAAUUGUUGAAAUCUAUUCCUCGCCUACCCCCAGUUUUUUUUUCAUUCCGUUCAAUAAGAAAAGGUUGUUUCUCUAUUUUGCCCCCAUCUUCACCGAUUAUCCCUCCCUUUCCAUCGUUAUCUGAUCUGCACAUCCUCUAAACAAGGAAUGGAUUAUGAUUUUGGUUAUAUAUAUCGCCAUCUUCAUAGAGCGUCACUCCUCUAGAACCCUAAUUUGCCCAGUUCAUUGUUAUUUUCGUCAUCAGACACACGAAAUCAGAUAACAGUUGUGUUAUCACUUGUGCUUGCUGGUGUGGACCUUUACCAUAAAAGCAGCAUCAACUACUACGAUUAUGUCUAGACUUAAAUUGAACAGCCAGAAAAAACAAAAGAAAUUAGCCGCAUUUUGUGCGUUGUGGCUUCAUAUAGUAAAUAUGGUUACUUGGUAUAUACGAGCAGUUCAAACAGUUAUAAGUAUACGUUUAGAUAUGUGUCCAACUAGACCUCGCUUCAAGAUGUUCAACCCCGAGAGAAAAGAAUAUAUGCAUAGAUUAGUGUACGAGAGUGACGACACUUGUCUUCAUCAACUACGAAUGUUUAGGGCAACAUUCGUGACACUUUGUAGUAUGUUGGAGGGGGGUGGAAAGUUGAAGGCGACUAAGUAUCUCCAAGUAGAUGAACAGGUUGCAAUUUUCCUGUACGUUUUGGCACACCAUGUGAAGAAUCGAGUAGCGAAGUUUCAAUUUCGCAGAUCAGGAGAGACUAUUAGUAAACAUUUCAACAAUGUGUUAAAUGCUGUUAUACGGUUGGAAAAUGAACUUUUUAAAAAGCCAGAGCCAAUGUUAGAUGGACAUAAACCGGAAACGCCCGAAGAGUAUUUCAACGGAGAGGGAUUCCUUGCACCAUUCCGAGGUCAACGAUAUCAUUUGAAUACUUGGUUAAAUGGACAUAAACCGGAAACGCCCGAAGAGUAUUUCAACAUGAAGCACUCUUCAGCAAGGAAUGUCAUCGAACGAUGUUUUGGCGUUUUGAAGAAAAGAUGGGCAAUACUUAGAAGCCCAUCUUUCUAUCCUAUCAGAACACAAAAUAAAAUUAUACUUGCAUGUUGUCUUAUGCAUAACUUUAUUCGAAGAGAAAUGGCAUAUGAUCCUUUUGAUGAUGAUGAGUUCAUUGACACAAAUAAUGAUGCGGAUGACGAAGAUCUUGGCUCAAAUGUGGAACAUAUUACAACAGUUGGGACCUCGAAUGAAUGGACAAACUUCAGACAAAAUUUAGCAACAUCUAUGUUUGAUGCAUGGACAUCUAGACAUCAUUGAUUUAUUAGACCAUUACUUUUUAGUUAUGUUAUUUCGGUCAUGUUUAUUAAAUGUUUUUUGUUAGAAUAAAUCUGAAUGUUUUUGUGUG